CAUUCAUCUGCAUAAAUCGUGUGCAGAGCUACCUCUUGAAAUCCAGCACCCAAUGCACCGCCAACACUCACUUAUUCUCAACCUAAAUGGAGCACGAGAAUGCCAUUGUGAUGCCUGUGACCAAGAUUGCAGCCGCAGAUUCACUUACAGUUGUUUCCAAUGUGACUUCAACAUUGACCUAAAAUGUGCUUCUGAGAAAGGCUUCAAACAUUUUAGUCACGAACAUCCAUUAAUGUUCAAGAGGGGCAAUAAAGCAAAGGAAUAUACUGGUCUACUAGUAAUUUGCGAUGGGUGCCAAGAUCCAAUACUUGGACCUAGUUACACAUGCAUCAAUACAUACCGACGUCGCAAAUGUUGCUUCAAUCUCCAUAAAUCAUGUGCGGAGUUACCAAGUGAGAUCCAACACCCAGUGCACUGUCAACACCCACUUUUUCUCCUCAAUUCAAUUCAGAAUGUCAAAGUCCGUUGCUUGUGUAAUGCUUGCAACCAGCCUUGCAUAUACCGCUACAAUUGUUCCAUAUGUGAUUUCAACCUUCACCUUAAAUGUGCCUCCAAUUGGGAAAACAUUAUUGGAAAUGCCUCUCACGAGCAUCAGUUCAUUGUGCUACCCAUGGAAUUGGCUGACCUCCAUAUCAAUUGUCACAUUUGUGGUGACUACUGGAAUGGCAGCGCCUACUAUAUCUGUAGCAUUUGCCAACUCUUGGUCCAUCAGGAAUGUGCUUCAUUACCACAUGACAUUAAAAUGUCCGGGCACCAACAUCGCCUCAAGCUAACCUGGUUUCUUGAAGACAUUUACCCCAAGGACCAGCUUUGUGUAGUCUGUCGUACAAGUGUUGAAAAAUCUCGCGCUGUUUAUUAUUGUCACGAAUGUAGUGGCUAUGUUUCCCACACUACGUGCAUGAUACUUGAGUAUUUUCGGGAAGAAGAAAACCCAAACAGAUUCUCUGCUGAUGAUGAUGAGGAGUUCGAUGAUGAUGGGCAAAUAGAGCACUUCAGUCAUCAACAUUUGUUACUCGUUAAUGAUCAUCGUGAGCUGGUUCAAGAUGAGAGGACAAUUACUUGUGAGGGUUGCAUUCGACCCAUCAAUACCAUCACUGAAACCUUUUACAGCUGUACGAACCAAGAACAGUCGUGCCAUUUCUUUCUCCACGAUAUCUGUGCUCGAUUACCAGCAAAGAUGUUUAUCCCACUCCUUCACUCACAUGUGUUCACACUCCUUUCUCGUGCUCAUUCUUUUGACGGCGUGUUUCAGUGUUUUAUGUGUAGUAUCUUUAAUCAAGGCUUUGUAUACAGUUGUCAGGAAUGUGCUUCUCCAGCAGGCGACAAUCUUUUCUACCUUGACGUUGAGUGCAGUAUGUAUUGGAGGGACAAGACUCUUAAACAUGAGUCUCAUGCUCACCAGCUCCUUCUAUGUACAGAAUGGGAGGACGUCUAUUGCAGGGGUUGUGGUUCCAAUAUAUUUUUCUGCUUUAGUUGUAAGAAAUGCAACUACCAUCUUUGUAUUUCGUGUGUCAAAUUACCUCUUACUGGUAGGCACCGAUACGACGAGCAUCCUCUCAAGCUCACCUAUGCUAGUGCUGAAGACGAGCUAGGUGAAUAUUAUUGUGAAGUAUGUGAAGGGACAAGAAAUCCAGCACAUUGGUUCUACGAGUGCAAAGACUGUGAGUUUGAUUGUCAUCCUCAUUGCAUUCUGGGGAGGUAUCCGUAUGUUAAGCUAGGGAGCACUUACAAGCAUGAUGCUCAUGCAGCACACCACGUCACUCUUGUUAGUAAGUGGAAGAGCCCCAUUCGGCUGGAUAAGAGAGACAACAUUCUUCCUUGUGAGAAGUGUGGUAUACUUUGCAAGGGAUUGGUCUUUGAAUGCAAAGAGUGCAAUAUAAAUUUUCACCGAGACGGAUGUUGCGGGACUAUAGAUUUGGAAAGUUCUCGAACGUCUCCUCAGAUCCAAGAGCUAAGUUAGUACUGUUUCUGAAUUUUCAAA